AUGAAUGAGAAAUGUCAGGAUUUAGUGACAACAGUGGAUUCAUCAGUGCAGGCACAAGAAAUCAAAAAAACAAAGAAAAAACCGUACCGCAUGGCUGAUGAUGCGGCGGCCGAGUGCCUGUUCGAGCGGCUCCGGCUGUACCAGCAGCGCGCGCCCGACUCCGCCGAGGUGGCGCGCGCCAUCACCGCACGAAUCAACUCUCGCCUGUCCUCUCAUGAUAAACACAUUCGUCAAAGUACACUCGACAAACUCUGGAAUAAGCAAUCAGGAGCUAUGCAAAUGUUACUUACAAUAUUGGAGAACUCUAGGGAUACAGCUACGUCGACUUACAUAACAUCAAUAUUAAGAGAGGCACUAUGCUUAAAACAAGGAAAAGGAAAAAAGUGUUCAGUAGUGAAUGAAACACAAGGGACUAAGAAAAAAGAAAACAAAAAAUCAGGCAAAGAGAAUAAAGAUCCAGUUUUUAAAAAGGCAAAUAACGUAGCGAGGCAGCAAUGUUCGCAACAUUUCAUUUCAAUGAAUGGGACCCAAGUCGUAAUUCGCGCUCUGCUUGCAACUCACAGCAAACGUGACAGCAACGUGAGCACAGAACUGAUGUUACAAGACCUAGUCUGGAUCAUUGCAGCGCUUGCUCCUAAAGAAAAUAAAUUACAAAAUUCAGAAAGUCUUUUGUCCAUAUUUUUCACAAAUAUGUAUAUGUAGGGUAUACGAAGUUCAGCGGGUCGUCUUGUUAUUGUAUAUAAUAAAAUAUUGUUAAAUGUUUACGUUAAAAUUGUAUUAUUAUUAAAAUCUAAAAUUUUCAUUUCAGAUCCAAAAUUCGCAAUGAAAGUAAGGAUGUUGGGGUGCGUUAGAACAAUGCAUCUUAUCUUAAAGGGUCAUUACAACGAUAAUAAGUUAAUCUUCCCCCUUCUCGUUAUUAUGAAGCAACUCGCUAAAAACGCUAUAACAACUUCGAUUUUAAUACGCGACGGUGCUGUCGCGACGUAUGAGAGGGUCUUAGUCAGUCUUGGCUUCAUCCCUACCGCCAGACUCCGACUCUGUCUGGACGCAAUCGAUUACUUCAGUAAAAACAAGGUAUGCUGCAUGCAGAUAGUGAAGACAGGCCUUUGUAGCGUCCUUCUCAGGGUGUUCGACCGUUGGGACCGAUACGAGGGUCGCAUGAGACUGAAGAUAUGUGCACACAUUCUACAAACAUUACAACAUCUAUGCAAUAUAAAAGCCGGGCGUCGAGCUCUAUGUACGAAGAAGCAUGUACAAACACUGCAUAGGUUUUGCUCGCAAUGUCCCGAUGAAGUAGAAUUUGAUGGGCUCUUGGCACGAGUCUGCUCCGUUAUCACCCUGUGCCUCAAGCAUCAGGCUCUACCAGUUCCUAUUAACAGUCCCGCGUCAUUUAAUUUAAAUCCUAUUUUAAAAGGUACAAACACAACGUGGCCGUGUCAUGAAGAUGAAGAUGACGGUGCUAAUUCUGAUUCAAAAUCGAUAAAUUCAGAUUUAGAUGAUGAGGACCUGGACAGUGAUAAAGAUGGCGCUGACGAUUAUCUUGAUACUGAGACAGAGGAAAAUGAAAUUAAAUCUAGUGAAGAAACCGAUAAGACUCGUAUAAAAAAUGGAGAAAGUAUAAAAAGUACUUUAUGGUUUAACCCCAAUGAGAGAGACACAGAAGACUUAAAAAAAUAUUGUAUUUAUUUUAAAGAAUUUGGCUCUUAUAAUAAGCAAAUUAGAGCGGUCAAAAGUCGUUCUAAUUCCCGAGGAUCUAUACUGGAUGACAUAUAUGUAACUCAACAUAGCAGCAAUCGAAAUCAACCUUCACUUUCCACGUUUUCCCUUACGACAGUUUUAUCGAAUACUGAUUAUGACAGCACUUUAGGUUCUAACACGUUUCCAUUCCUACAUGGAUUUCAUAAAAUACAUGAAAUUUCUUCAUCAACUUCCUGUUCUUCUCUAAAGAUUCACAAAGAUUUAUCUAAAUAUAGUUCAUUUGCAUCAGUUUAUUCGACAAUAUCGUCAAGAGUUAAAAGUAUAAUACCUUUCAUCAAAGUGGCUUAUCCAGAUAUGACAGGUGGUCAAGGAACUAACCAACUUGAACCUUUAAAUAAAAUGGAACGAACUGCUUGCAGGAAUAAACUGCUAGCUUGUGUCGAAAAAGCUAUAAAUCCAGAGUCCUAUAUGAAUGAAGUUGUGUAUGAUUUGGACUCUUUGUGUGCUUCUGGAUUAACUACUGAUGCUUCGUCACAGAAAAGUAGUGAGAAUUUGUUUCUAAGCAAUACUGACGAACAAGAGAUAACAAAGGCUAACAAUUUCUCAUCUCGAUUAAGCUUUGAAUCAAGAUUUGAAUCUGGUAACCUCAGGAAAGCAAUUCAGGUGGGUCCAAGAGAGUACGAGCUGAUUCUAAUGCCAGACGUGAAUUCAACAAAACGUCACCAAUGGUUCUACUUCGAAGUGCGGAACAUGCAACAGGGUCGUCCGUACAUCUUCAAUAUAGUCAAUUGCGAGAAAUCGGAUAGUCAGUUUAAUUUUGGAAUGAAACCAGUUAUGUAUUCUGUAAAGGAGGCUGUUCUUGGAAGACCGGGAUGGGUGAGAGUGGGUUCGGACAUCUGCUACUAUCGCAACAGCUACCACUACGCCAGCCAGAAGAAUAACAAGUGCUACCUGACGGUCACUUUUAACAUCGAAUUUCCUCACACUAACGACGUCUGCUACCUCGCAUAUCACUUCCCAUUUACAUAUUCAAUGAUGAUGACAAGAAUUUGGCAAUGGAGUACUCAACUACCACCAGGAACAUAUCUUCGGACUGAACCGCUCUGUUAUUCUCUGAAUAAUAACGAAGUUCCUUUAUUAACAAUUUCAGCGGAGGAUACUCCAUCUAACCCUAUGGUGGAUAGGGAGAUAGUCUUCCUGACGGCGCGCGUGCACCCCGGCGAGAGCAACGCGUCGUGGGUGAUGGACGGCUCGCUGGCCGCGCUGCUGGCCGCCGCGCCGCCCGCCGCCGCGCUGCGCGCCAAGUACGUCUUCAAGAUCGUGCCCAUGCUCAACGUAGAGGGAGUCAUCAAUGGCUGCCAUCGCUGCGGCUUAACUAAUGAAGAUUUAAAUCGACGCUGGUGCAAGCCGAGCCCCGUUUUGCAUCCUUCUAUUUACCAUACCAAGGGCUUAAUAGAGUACUUAGUACGUGUUUGGAAGAAACCACCGUUAGUGUACUGCGACUACCACGGCCACUCGCGCAAGAAGAACGUGUUCUUUUAUGGAUGCGCCGGCGCUGAGAGCUGGUGUAGCAACGACCGGCUCGUGCCCGACGAGCCUAUUAAAUACCUUAUGCUACCAGCGCUAAUGCAUCGAAUUUCACCCGCAUUCGCAUUGGGUUCGUGCUCGUUCCGCGUGGAGCGUGAGCGGGAGAGCACGGCGCGCGUGACGGUCUGGCGGCACCUCGGCGUCACCAGGUCCUACACCAUGGAAGCCUCCUUCUGCGGGUUCGACCGAGGCCCGUUCAAGGGAUUUCAUCUGAAUACUCAGCAUCUGCAAGGUGUGGGCAGCGAUUUUUGCGAGGCCCUCAACGGCCUCGGCGAUAACGCCACCAACGUGGACAUCCAGUUGACAAAAGAUCUUAACAGUGAAAGAACAGUAGACAGUGAGCCAGGUUCGGGAUCUGACAGCGUGCUGAAAACUGAUUCCGAUGAAGAUUUUGAUUAACUGCGAGUUUGCGUCCUCUAAAAACUGCAAUUAACCUAUUAUACUAGCCAUAUUUACGAAAAAAUCUCUAGUACGAAGCCAUUUUCUAUUAAUUUAUUCUUACAAAUGUUAAUAUUUUUGAAGUAUAAAUGAUUUGAACUUUUUUAGUGUAACCUAAAAAGAGCAAUAAAUUAUUUUAGUAUUUCGAGAUUUACGUUAUAAUUCCAAUAUUUUUGUACUCAAAUAAUAUGAUAAAGAAUAAGAUCAGCAAUGAUAGAUUUAAAUAUGUGUUAAUUUUUAUUUAUAAAAAUAUCUACCUACCCUGCUGAAAAUAACAAAUAAAAACGAUGAUUUGUAUGGGAAGUCAUUGUAAACUAUUGGGGCUAUCUGGAUUUCCGAUAGAUCUAUCUGGAUCAGAUAGCCCAGACAAAAACACAUAAAAAUCGUAUGAAAACUGUAUGAAAAUUUCGUAGUCCCUGUUUCAAACACAAUGGUUUUCAAUGACUUCCCAUACAAAUCAUCAUUUUUUAUUUGGAACUUUCAGCAGGGUAGACAUAUUGUAUUUUCAAACAAAAUCAAUUGUAUAUUCGUGAAUUUUGGUUUUGAUUGUUAAUGUCUCUUGUCUUGUGAUCUCAGUAAUAAAUAAAUUGUGAAAUA